AUGGCCCAAGUACCAAUUUUCCCCAAAGUUCUCUUCUUCUACUGCGACGUUCCACCAAGCGAGGGAAGACAGACACCAUUGGUCAUCUCCAAUGAAAUCUACCGAGCCAUAAACGAAAGACAUCCGGAAUUUUUCCACGACUUAGAAGAGAAAGGAGUAAAAUAUACUCGAGUACUACCUGACGGGGAUAAUCCUACGUCUUCCGAAAGCGGAAGCGGAAGAGAAAUGUCCAUUUCAGGUGACAGCAGUUCACAGAAGUUAUUAGUAUGCAAAGUUUUAAAUUGCUUUCGACAAACAGAUCUUUAUGGUGAAUCCACUAACCCUGAUUUAACAAACUCCAUCUGUAUUUGGUGA